AUGGAGAGAGAGGAACAAGUUAGCGAACAGCGGCGGAAGCGGAGCUCUUCCUCGCCCCCUUUCUCCUCCCCUGUCUCUGCGCCCGUCGUGCUCUCUCGGCGAACAUCCAUCGCUUCCUUUCUGCCUCGAUGCUGCCUCCUCCUCCUCUUUUACGUCUUCUACACCGGCGAGUCGCAGGGUUCGCCCCUCUCACUCUCUCUCCUUUUCCCAGAAGCGGCGCAGAGUGACACGGGGAAGGAUCCCCAACACGGGAGCAGCGUCGAGGCCACCCAAGACACGACGCAGGAGGGCCAGAGCACAAGUGGGCCGGGUGGGGACGACGAGAGCUCGAGCGACGAUGACUCCUCGAGUGCAGAAAGUGGGGAGAAUGACGAGGGUGAAGAAGACGAUGACGGCGACGACCCCGACGACGUGGACACGCCAGACUUUGACGCGCCAUCGCCUGAGCCUCCGCGCACACCGUGGGAAAACGGGAGCACGGCGCGCGACCGAGAAGCCACACUCCGUCGUAACCGAGGUUCUCCAGUGCCUCGAGACCGGGACGUUCCCGUGCCGCCAGACGGGCACGAUCCAGCGCCGCAAGAGGGGACCGAUCCAGGGCCAGAAGACCGGGACGGCCCAGUGCCUCGAGACCGGUCUCUUCACAAACCCGCCGAGGGGAGAGAAGGCGAGAAAGCGAGAAGAGAAGAGAGAGAAGGACGCAGCGGAGGCAGCUCCGGUGCGCCCCGCUCCUUUCCGCCCCACCGCCUCGCCACAUCUUCUCACGGGAGUGCGCUCCCUCGCUCGGCGGACUACAAAGGGUCGGGCGCCUCGCCCCGCGACGCGGACGGGCCGAGUGGCGGCCGCGUGGCCACGGGCGGCGGCGCGGGGACUGCAGGCAGGCGGGGCGGAACGCGGUCGGGCGCAGGGACGAGCGGAAGCGGCGGGAGAGGCGGCGUCCGAGCCUCGCAUGUUGGUGGCGCACGAGACGCGACUACGCAAGACGGCGCGAGGCUGCGGGAGACGACGCGCCGGAGCGCAAAACCCCGUCCCCAGUCGACGGAUCGACCUCCAAGGGUGGCCAACGUGAAAGAGAACAGCUCUGGGGGGGGACGGUCCAUGGGCCGCGGAGCCGGCGACGAGGGUCAAGAGACAGCUGGGUCCCUCCGGAACCAACUCAGGGGGUUCGCCUCCAAACUCAUCGGAGGCGGGUCGAGCAGAGGGGACAAGUACGAAGACGACGAGGAGGAGGACAUGUACGACGGGCGAGACGAACAGGAGAAAGUCAUUGUCAGUUACGCUGAGGCCUUCACGGUCACUGCCGCAGGCACGAUGGUGGGGCGACGCCCGACGGAUGAAGACGCUCUCUUGGUGAACGCGAUUCUCCCACACAUGCCUAACGUGCGCGUGAAAGCGAUCUUCGAUGGCCACGGCGGGGACGAGGUGGCCCGAUAUUUGGCAGACAAUGCACUGACCUAUCUGAGCCAUUUAACAAGUCUGCGAGCCCAAGACAUUCAAGCAGCGUGCCUGGCAAUGGACGACGCCGUCAGGAGAGUUGUGUGGAAGGAUGCGCCCGACGCUGGAGCCACAGGAAUCAUAGCGUUCAUUGAGAAGGUUGUCUCGCCCGUGGAGGUCAACGUCGUCGGGCGAGAGAUUGUCCGUGACGACGGGGACCCGACAAGGCCUUUCGUGCCGCUACUGGAGCAGCUUCAACUGGACGCCCUUGCCGAAGGAGACACCUACACGGCGAUGUCUCUGGGACGCGCAGAGCUCGGCAGUUCCGAAGGGAGACGGUCACGCCAGAAAAAGCGACGCAGGAGGAGAGCGAAGAAAAUAACGCUCGGAGCCGGAGAAGCUGUUUUUCGCGUUGUAGUCGCCAAUGUCGGCGAUUCUCGGGCGGUUCUUCUUCAUCAAGAUGGAUCGUUUACGCCACUGUCUCGAGACCAGAAGCCUGAACAGGAGACCGAGCGAUUGCGAGUGGAAGCAGCUGGGGGGCGCGUCGUCUUUGGCGACGUGCCCAGGGUGGACAACAUGCUGGCCGUCGCGCGUUCGUAUGGAGACUUUUACAUGAAGGACAACCCGCGGCUCCCGGCUGACAAGCAGAAGGUUAUAGCUGUCCCUGACAUUCGCAUGUUCUACGCGACGCCGAAAGAUCUUCUUCUCCUCACGUGUGAUGUGCCCCUUUCGCCCGCUCUGUCUCUGCCUUGUUCGCCUCCAGGAGUCUUUGAGCCGCUGCCAAUGACCUACAAGAACGUCGCCGCAGUGGUUCACCAGACCCCCGUCGGCGGCUCUGUCCGGGGCCGGAUGAAACGAGCGGUGACGAAUCUUCUUGAUGCGGCAUACGAAACGGGCUCCAACGACAACAUCUCUGCAAUGCUGACAGCCUUUACGCCCAAGGGACGGUUUUCGUCGCAUACGACCCUCGGCUACACGAUCUUUACGGGCGACGGCGAAAUUAUUCAACAAGGCCACGAACGCCAGGAGAAUACGAGAAUGGAUCCGGACAAGGUGAAGAAGAAUGUGUCCCUCUACUAA